UUGGGUUUAGUACUUAAGUCAUUAAAUUUAAAUUGUAUUUAUAAAUAAAUAAAUACAAUUAGAGCGAAAUAAUGUUUAAAUUAACCUUACUCAUUUAUUUUGUGAGCAUAUUUGCCAUUCAAUUUGCAAACAGUAUUGAAGUGAACACGACAUCAGGUGUAGUGAGAGGUCUCACUAUAAAUGUGUUGAACACAAGUGUCAACCAGUUUUUGGGUAUACCUUAUGCCGAACCCCCUGUCGGUGGGCUUAGGUUUGCUAAACCAGAACCUAUUAAAAAGCCAUUGAAAAUAAUAAUAGACGCGACAAAAACCGGGAACUCCUGUUUGCAACUCCCAAGUAAUCACCUGGGUCAGUUCAAUACUGCCACAAACUCCGAUAUCGAUCUCAUCCAAAACGAGGACUGUUUGGUACUAAACAUAUGGACACCGAAUACGAGCAAAAAUAGCUCAUCGAAAGGCUCACCACUAAAACCCGUCAUGUUUUGGAUAUACGGAGGGAGUCUCACCAGUGGCUCAAUAUUUAUGACCCCCUAUAACGCCAGUGUUUUGGCCACUAAUGAUGUCGUACUCGUGUCUACAAACUAUAGAUUAGGUCCGUUUGGCUUCUUAUAUGGGGGUCGGGAGGACGCGCCCGGAAAUGUCGGCUUUUAUGACCAGUUAUUGGCACUUAAAUGGGUUAGAGAUAAUAUACAUUUAUUGGGUGGGGAUAGGGAUCAUAUUACUGUAUUUGGUCAGAGCGCCGGCAGUUGGUCGGUGUCCGCGCUUAUAAUCUCUCCACUAUCUAAAGGCCUAUUUAAGAGGGCUAUUAUGGAGAGCGGGGCUCAUCUGUAUAACAAGGACAGGGAUGUGAUCAGUAAACAGGAGGCCUUAGCGAGUGCCCAAAAAUUGGCGGAACAACUAAAAUGCAAUACAUCUGAACAAUGGAUACAAUGUUUGCGAGGAGUGGAUGCAAAGGAGUUCCUAAAAACUGAGUCUUUAUACGUAUUUCCGGUCGAAGGCACCGAAUUUUUACCCAUUUCUAUACAAAAGGCAUUUGAGACCAAAAAGUUUAAUUCCGAUAUUGAUUUAAUUGCUGGAAUGACAUUGGAUGAGGAGUCGGGAUUCAUAAGUCAUUUCGACCCCGACGUUCACAACCUGACUGCCGAGGGGUUCAAGUUAUUGGUGUCCGAAGUCAAUGACAUAUAUCACGGAUUAGACGCCGAAAAUGUGACCCAAUUCUACCUAAAAAAUAUUGACCCGAAAGAUCCCGGUGCCAGUGUGCGAGCGUUUGAGGUAUUCCUUGGUGAUUUGAUAAUGAAAUGCCCCACGUAUUUGUUUGCCAAACAAUUUGCCACAAAUGCACCUGGCAACAAUGUGUACGCCUAUGAGUUGACGUUUGAAAGUCAAUUCAUGACUAAUGCCACCGGGUGUCCACCGGGAAUGGUAUGCCAUAGCGCCGACGUACCAUUUGUAUUUGGGCGACCCUUUCUAUACCCGGAUCAGUUCAGUCAUGAAGAGACUGUAUUUAGUGGUGAUAUCAUGAAAAUGUGGACCAACUUUGCUAAAACUGGUCAUCACAAGUGGUGUGAAAGGGAUUAUCCAAUACUCGACUCAUAUUCCGUGGAUUCAAAUCACGGACUUGUAUCGCAUUAUUAUCUAAUAGUUGUGGCCAUAAAUCAUCCGAAAGGGUCGCCCAAAUACAAAUGGUACGUCGGCGCUAUGGCAUACCAUUCCCGGUGGACACCCGGUGGCAUUAGUCGUGAAUUGACUUUCAAACGUCAACUCAUAGGCGUACACAUUGUUGCCAGGUGCAUUUGUGGCAAAUUGUUUGGCAAACAAAUACGUGGGGCAUUUCAUUACCAAAUCACCAAGGAAUACCUCAAACGCUCGCACACUGGCACCGGGAUCUUUCGGGUCAAUAUUUUU